CUUCUUUCCAACAUUACUACUUAAUACAACUAUGCAAAUAAAAGGAAACACUUUCAUUGUCACUGGAGGAGCCAGUGGCCUCGGUUUAGCCACUGUUAAACUUCUUGUGGAGCGCGGUGCCAACGUUGCUCUCUUUGAUCUUAAUGAAGAACGGGCUGCCGAAGUUGCCAAGGAACUAGGAAGUAACGUAUUUGCACCAAGCGGAUCCAUUGAUGUUACAUCAGAGGACAUCGUGAAGAAGGCUAUUGAAGAGACGGUUGCCAAGUUUGGCAAACUUGCUGGUGUCGUCAAUUGCGGCGGUGUUGCCACUGCUGCUAGAACUGCUAGAGCUGGUGGUAAAUCAUCUGGAACCAUGACAAUGGACAUGAUGGACUUCACAUUGAAAGUCAAUACUCUUGGCACCUUCAAUGUUUCUAAGCAAGUAGCGCAGACCAUUGCAAAGCAGGAACCUUUUACUGAAGACGGUGAGCGCGGAGUCAUCAUCAACACAGCUUCUGUUGCAUACCAGGACGGUCAAACCGGUCAAGUUGCCUACGCUGCAUCUAAGGGUGCUGUUGCAAGCAUGACCCUUCCUAUGGCUAGAGAUUUGGCUCCCAUUGGUAUUCGUGUCAUGACCAUUGCCCCUGGUAUUUUUGAAACUAACAUGACUGCCGUGAUGAAUGAAGCUGCAAAGGCCAAGAUUAUCAAAGACGCAAUCUUUCCCCUUCGUAUGGGCAAAUCACCAGAGUUUGCUCUCUUGGCUAGUCACAUUAUAGAGAACGGAAUGCUCAACGGUGAGGUCAUCCGUAUCGACGGUGCUUCUCGUCUUGGCAAACUUUGAGCAGCUAAAGUUCGAGGCAUUGGAAGCCGUCCUAAUUCAUUAUUUAAUGAUAUAUAAUAAAAGUAUUGCUUUAAAACUGUAGGAAUAGCCAAACGGGACCUUCAAAUUUACGAAUGUCCAAUUUGAAACGCAGUGGCGAUACCUCCUAUUUUGAC